AUGCGAGUAGAAAAUUAGGAUUACCUUGAAAAUACUGUUCAAAAGUUAACAGUGAUAUUUUUCGCGAGAAUAAUUUUCCAUAAACACUAAAUUGUGGAACUGUGUUAAAGAUAUCUCCCAAAUGGCGGGGUUAAAAGGAAGGGUUUUUGUUUCUAUUUGAGAUGGAUGAUACAAGGGGUUCAUUCGGCAAUUUAGAGUAAAUAUCAUUCGAAGCGUAAAGAAAUCACGUUAAGAUAUUUGUUAACGUCGGCUUUACGGUAACUACACUUCCUCCAAACCUUCCUAUAAAUUGAAAAUCCCAUCACAAUUUCGGUUUAUUAUUGAUUUCCGCCAUCGCCACGCGGGGCGGAAUCUUUAAAAUCGCCGGAUGGAAGAUAGAGAUAUAUAUAUAUAGAUAUAUAGAGACAGCACAGAGCCUGGAAGCCGCGGGUAGUUAGUCCUAGUAUAGAUACUGUGUACUUUUUCAGUUUAUUGCAUGGUUUACAGGCUAAUAGUUUUCAACCAAUGACAAUACAGUAUUAACAUUUACGACCCGUCCCAAAGUCGCAAUUUUUUAGGUAGCCAGAAAGCCAUUUUCUUGCUGGUGAAAGACUAGAACUGCUAUAUCUGCAUUAAGAAAACGACGAAAAAGAUAAUAUUGAAUUCCUGUUCGUUCCAGAACCAACCGAACAUACCGAAAAGUUGAGCUAGGUAUCACCUAGAACAUUCCAAAUAGCUAGCUAGCUAACAUUGAAGAAAUUUUAAAUUUUGGUGGUGUGAAUUAUAGGGUCGACAACCGUGACUCGGCAGAGUAUAAAAGAGAAGAAAGUCGACAGAGUAUAAAAGCUAGUUAUUCAGAACAUUCAGAUAUUCAGAAUUAAUUGAACUUACUGAACCUUGAACUUGAAUUUACUUAUCGGUGAACUUAAUAGUGAACUUAUCGGUGAAAUUAGUAGAGAAUUUAUUGGUGAAAUUACAAAACGGAGGUUUCUCUAGCUUUUAAGAUUUUUUUUUCUCGAUCACACGUUACCACCGCUAAUAUGAACCUCGCAUAUAAAAGCUGUCGCCGUAUGGUACUUUUACUUUCUGGUGAUGUUGAAACUAAUCCGGGGCCUUGCACUAUUCUAAAGUCGGUACAGGGAUCUUUUCAUCAAGGGGAUGUUAGGCUUGGAACUUGUACUGGUACACAAUGUAUGUGUAAUUCCCUGUUUGCGAUCGUUUGGUCGGCUCUUAAAAAAGUUUCUUUUUGGAAUCCAGGUGAUCUUGAUCAUAUCCUUUCCGAAGGAACAAAGUGGUACACAAACCUAGGAUACACAAACCAGUACUUAAGCGCAAGUGAGCUCCCAAAUUGUUUCGUUCUUGAAAAUUAGGUCAUACAAAUACAAAGUUUAGAAAAUGUUUCUCAUAUUAUUACAGACGAUAGCACUUCAUUACGCACUUUUCAUAAUUCAUCUGAUUCCGAUAAAGGGCAAGAAAUGCUGGGCAUUAUUAGCAGUGUUAGUUUUGCUAUAGUUUGGGACCACCCGCAAAUUUAUUUAUUUGAUCCUCAUAGCCGAACUAGUUUAGGACAAAUAACAGAACAGGGUACGUCAGUCCUUUUAAAAUUUGAUUCAUUGCAACUCGUGAAAGCUACAUACGCGAAAUAUACGUCACCCCUGGCGAAGCAAUGUGUCUUGAAACUCAAUAUUUCAAAAUACUCGCAACUGAACAGAUAACUGAUAACAUUAUGCUUAACAUUCGCAGGAAAAGAAAACUAGAACAAAACAGGAAGUACCGGGAAUCCGAGAGAGGCCGAGUGAAACAAAAAAUUUCAAUAGGCAAAUAUCAGAAAACGGAACACGGCCAAGCUAAGUUGAGCGAGUCGAUAAGCACAUAUCGGAAAACGGAACAGGGACAAGCUAAGGUGAAAAAGUCGAUAGGCAAAUAUCAAAAAACAGAACAGGGUCAAGCUAAAGUAAAAAAGUCAAUUGGCAAAUAUCAGAAAACAGAAAAGGGACACGCUAAGAUAAAAGAGUCUAUAGGCAAAUAUCAAAAUACAGUAAAUGGUCGAUCCAAGCUAAGAGAGUCGAAAAGUAAAUACAAAAAAACGGAACAGGGCCAAGCAAAGCAAAGGGAGUCCGUAGAAAAAUAUCGGGAAACUGAGCAGGGCCAACAGGCACAAAAAACUGCAAAGAAACGCCAUGUAGUGGAAGGUAAAGCAACAAAACGUAAGCGUGUUAACAAUCUGCCUGAUUCUGAUGAAAAAAUAAACCAAUUUAAAAAAUGCAUUGGGAAUGGGCCAUUUUAUAUAUGUGUCAUAUGUAAUCGUUCUUUAUAUAGGCGGUCAAUUAAAUUUUUUCGCCACGUCGAUUAUCCUGCCAUUUCAGAAGAGCAUUUUCGCUUCAGAGUACAAAGUUUUGAUGGCAAAGAAUACAUAUGUGCAACAUGCCAUUCAAAACUUACAAAACGAAAAAUUCCUUCCCAGGCUGUAUCUAAUAAUCUCCAAAUGUUUGAUCUCCCAGAAUCAAUGAGCACAUUACGACGAUUAGAAAAAAUUAUUAUAUCUAAAAGAAUUUUAUUUAAACGAAUUGCAAUAAUGCCUAAAGGUCAGUGUCCUAAAAUAAAAGGUGCAAUAUGUAAUGUUCCAAUAAAAGCCGAUGAAAUAAGCAAUGUCUUACCAAGAGGAAUGGAUAAUAAUGGUGUAGUGCAAGUUGCGUUAAAGAAAAAACUGAAUUUCAAAUCUAACGUUUAUUUAGAAUCGGUAAGGCCAGAUGUUAUUCGGGAAGUUCUUUGUUAUCUGAAACUGGUUAACCCUCUUUAUUCAAAUAUUGAAAUUAACCUCACAAACAUACCACCUUCCUGGAUUAAUUUAACAUCUGAACAUGAAACUGGAAAAAGUGAAAAUGAAAUGAACGUUGAUUUUGCAAUAAAAUCGACAACAAAUAAUAAUAUCGGUGAUGUAAAAACCAAGAAUGAAGAUUACCUGGACAAUAGCGAAGAAGAGAAUGAAAACCCGUUAAACGAGUAUCGCUUGCCUUGCCAAGAAACGUCUUUUGUUCCAACUAUUCCACCAAAUGACCAAAUUGAUGAUGGAAAUAUUGUUAUUGCUCCAGGAGAGAAAAAAAUUCCCAUACCAAUAAUUUCUGAUGAGCAUUGUGAAGAACUUUCCCACCCCUAUCUAUUUCCAACAGGUAAAUUCGGAUAUCACACGAAAAGACAAGUACCACUUUCCCCGACCAAGUAUUUCAACCAAAGAUUACUGAAUUAUAGACAGAAGUUUGCCUCUGAUACUGACUAUACAUUCUUUGCUCAUGCAGUGACUCAACAUUCUUCUUCUUCUUCUUAAUUUAUUUA